AUGGACUUCAAGGAACCACCCACACUGUUUGAUACUGCUAUACAGUGUCUUUUGCACCAUGAGCCUUUAGCAAUUCAAGCUCUCCAGGAGAUCCCAGGGGAGCUUUUUGUUCCAUUGUUCACUGCUGCCUUCAAGGGUAGACAUGAGAAGAUACUUUCAGCAAUGGUGAAGAGUUGGCCGUUUUUCUGCCUCCAUGUUGGGCCAUUAAGCACGCAGGAAACCCAGCGCACACUGUGGAAGGUCAUGGUUGAGAGUCUUCAGCUUUUUCCUGCUGAGAACCCAGCUUCUAGGAGGCCUAAACUGAUGAUCCUAGAUUUAACUCAGCAUCCUGGCUGCAAGACCAAAUGCCCUGAGAUCACUACUACAUGCACACCCUGUUUGCGUUCUUGCAUUUACUCUGAGCGCUCUCUCAUGAAAGUCCAAAGCCAAUGUAGUAGUUCAAGCUCAGAAUCUGAGGAUCAGUCCCCCAAGACAACUAUGGAAUUACUGGUGAGCCUUUCCCUUGAUAGUGCCUUUAGGGAAAAUGAAUUUUUUGCUUUGCUUCUGAGUAAGGUUGAGCAGAGCUUGGGAUCUUUGCACCUCUGCUGCCGUGAUUUAGGCAUUAAGAAUUUGAGUGAGUGCAAAAGUGCCUUAAGCCACCUCGAUCUGAAAUGUGUUACUUACCUGGAAGUUGUUGAGGCUUCUCUCACUAAAGUCGUCUCCCUUCUGAAGCAGGCUAUAAACUUAGAUAGUCUUAGCCUGUCUAAAAUCACCUGUAGAUCUUUCAAUAGAAGAGCCUUUAGAAAUUUCCUUUCCCAACUGAGAGGUAUGGACCACCUCAAGGAGCUCAGCCUGUCCUCAUUCUGCCUCACCGAUCAUCUUGAACAUGUCCUGAGGUAAGAGCUUGGGAUAGUACCAGCGGAUUUGGAUUUUUUACACCUGCCAUUUUGUGGACUUAAUUACAGUGACUUCAACUUUCUGUCUCAGUGCCCUCAAGUCAAUCAUUUAAAGUUGUUGGAUAUCAGCAACAAUUCAAUUUACUGGGAAGAUUGUGAACCCUUUUAUUGUCUCCUGGAGAAUCUCUGUGGUUCCUUGCAGCAUCUGGCAAUUGACCACUGCCUUUUAACAGAUGCUACACUCUCUAUUCUGGCCCCAGCCCUGAGCUGCUGUUUCCAACUCUGUUUGUUCAGCUUUUCUUCUAAUCCCAUUACUAUGCCUAUGCUCAGGAGAAUUCUUGAGUACUUAAUGCCCAUGACGCAGCUGAAAUACGUGAUUUAUCCUAUCCCCGUGCAUUGCUAUGGGAGAUGGCACGUUUGGAGCAGUUCGGAUGCACAGAAACUUGCUGAUGUGAAUGCGCAGUUGAAGGUCAUGCUGCACGAGGCAGAAAGGGACGACAUGUGUUGGAUCACUUAUACUGGUUAA